AUGAGUGAAAGAAAGAAGUCCCUACUUGAUAAAGGUAAAAGUCUCAUCCCUUCAAUACAAAAAAAAACAACUGAUGAGCAAUCAUCACAAUCAUCACGACAAGAAAGGGAACAAAGUACUUUAAACGAUGAGCCAGAGGGAUUGCUAUUACAAACUCCUCCCGUUGAGACUAGUACAAUAGAUGUUCAACCAUAUUUCAUUCAACAACCAACUACGCGAUUUCUUCAUCCUGUCGAAGAACGAAUUAGCACACCAAUUAAAGAUUCCGAAGUUUCACCUGCUGAAACCUCAAUUCCUCAAACUCCAUUAAAAUCCUCAGCACCGGAAUUUCCAGAAGACCAAACAAGCCAUACUAUAUCAGAACAAAAAGAAACUAAUGUAUCUCAUGAAGAAACUCCAGGAACAAUUGAAAAACCAAUUGAAAUCAGUGAAUUUGCUGAAGAAAUUCCAAAACCAAAACCAGAUGAAGUUGCUGAAAAAACUACAGAACCAAUUGAAAAACCAGUUGAAACUAUCGGUGAAUUUCCCCCAGUAUCAACAACUCCGGAUCAAAGAUCUAUUACUCCCACAAUUAAAGAACAAACGGUUACACAAGCCAUACCAGCACCAAUGGAGUCAGUCACUGUUAAAGCUGAAGAAAUUCCAAAUCCAAUAACCAAAUCAAUUUCAAGACGGCAACAAUCGAUAGCACCAAAGACCAACAAAAUUCUGGUUAAAAAAGAAAAAUCGGCAAAGACAGCUGCUAUUACCUCUACCAUCUCUUCGAUCAAAAAAAUGUGGAACGAAAACUGGUUAUUCCGCACCUUUAUAUAUAUUGUUGCAGGAUUCAGCUCAAUUCCAAUUUGUAUUCUAGUCGGAUGGAGUAUCACCAGCGCGGUUAUUGUUGUUGGCAUUGCUGGCAUCUGUAUCGGAAUAACUGAAACAAUUUCUGCGGGGAUCGCAAUGGUAAUAUUUUUGCCGAUUGCUGGAAUUAUAGUGUUUUGUGUGUUCGUGGUGGCAAUUUUGGCUGCGAUAUGUUAUGCUGGUUUUACCUUGAUAACCUAUUUAUGUGAUCUGGUUGGAAUUGGUGGGCGCAUAUAUAUCAAAGAUAAUGAUGCUUUUAGACUUGGAGCAUUGCAUAAUCAAAGGAAAAUGGACAAAAUUACAGUUUAUUGA